AUGCUGAACUUCCACUACGGAAUAGUCAUUGAUUCGGGCUCUUCAGGGUCACGUAUCCAGAUCUACAGAUGGCAGGAUCCCGAGGUGGUGAAAGAGUUCGCGUCACCGGCGGAACUUGCGCUGCCUCCCAAGAUCUAUCAUGAUGAGAAAUGGACACACAAGAUCUCACCAGGAAUAUCGACUUUUGGCGAAAAAACAAACAAAAUAUGGAACGAUCAUUAUAAGAAGCUAAUAAAUUUUGCUUUAACGGUCGUUCCUCAAGAUAAGGUGGCCAGCACUCCCAUCUACGUCUUAUCUACUGCCGGAAUGAGACUCUUGCCAGAGAAACAACGUAAUGCUGUGUUGAAAGAGACAUGCAGAUCGCUUCAGAAGAACUCUAACUUCUUAAUUAAUGACUGUGCGGACCAUGUGCAAGUGAUUGAUGGAGGAACCGAGGGUAUUUAUGGAUGGUUGGCUCUCAAUUACUUGAUGGGACAAUUCGACAACUACGAGGUACAUGACGAAACCCACGAGUCAAUUGGUUUCAUGGACAUGGGUGGAGCUUCGACGCAGAUAGCGUUUGUCCCGUCUUCUCCCGAGGAAAUUAAAAAACACGACGAAGACUUGUCGAGAGUGGUGUUGCGGAAUAUCAAUGGAGAACUGCAGACGUGGCGAGUUUUCGUAGAGACGUGGCUUGGAUUCGGUGCUAACCAGGCCAGGUCCCGCUACUUAAAGAACCUCAUAUCGUUGAGUACAUACUCGAAGUUGCUGAAGAAAACCGUGCUCGAUCCAUGCAUGCCUAAAGAUGCACAAAUCAAGGGGUUUGAACAAGACGGGAAAAAGUAUAACAUCAAGGGAACAGGAAAUUACGAGAGCUGUAUCAGGGAUAUAUAUCCGUUGUUGAUGACCCACUUACCUUGUGUGGAUGAGCCAUGUCUUUUCAACGGAAUGCACACACCUCAGAUGAACUUCGAAAAGGACAAGUUUGUGGGAGUUUCUGAAUACUGGUACACUGCCAAUGAUAUUUUCCAUAGUGGAGGAGAAUAUAACUUCCACAGUUUUAACGAAAAGGUCAAGGGAUUUUGCGAGAGUUCGUGGGAGGACGUCUUGAAGAACUCCAAAGAUGGUCAGUACUCCCAAUUGCCCGAGAGUUUUCUCUAUGAUGCAUGUUUCAAGGCCAGUUGGGUGGUAAACGUUCUUCAUGAAGGCUUCAAGCUUCCUAGGUUGGGACUUGAUAUCAACGCUCUGCCUGAUUCGUCCGACGUAACAGCUGUUGAAAAGGUCCAUGUUCCUUUCAAGUCUGCAGACUCGGUCAACGGCGACGAGCUCUCAUGGACCUUGGGAAAAAUCUUACUUGUUGCGUCGUCAAACAUUGAAGCUGCGGACUCUCAAAAAGUCGGAUUGACACUCAGUGAAAUUUCCACCAAACAUAAUUCGGACGACGAAGACUCUGAUGACGAAGAAGCAAGUACGUUCCCCAUGUUCUACACAUUCAUUCUCCUUGCAUUGAUGUUCUUUGUACUUUACAAGAUGGGCUUGAAGCUGGUCAACCGAGUCGUCAACGCAUUUAAUCGUCCAAGUCCAAUGAGGAUGCCUCCAUCGAUCAAACCGGGGCUUAACUGGAUGAAAACGCACUCUCCAUCAUUUGUUCGUCCUCAUAUCGCACGUGUGGUUAACUAUAUCGAAUUACAGCAACAGACGGGCCUUAGCAACGAGUUGGAGUCUGGACCAAGUUUCCCGUCUGCUUCCCCUCUGGCUAACAAUCUCGCUGACCUCUCGGUGUUGAGAACACGUUCCACCAUCAAUUUGCAUGAAACAGACGACAACUCACGUCCUGUGGAGUUCCUCAACAAGCCAUUCACUAACCCGAAGAAGAAUGCCUUGUUUGAGAACCGAGACUCAAUUCCGCGAGUUUCCAGUUCGAGCUCAGUAGCACGGACAAAGCCAUAG